AUGCCGGCAGGCUGUCAUUCCAUUCCUCCUUCCGCAGAUCACGACAGUCAAGGCCUGAGGCCGUCUGGUGUUUCUGACGCUGGCUUGGAAGUGAGGCUCCCAGCGCACCCUGCCCACAGCUCUUCCCCAAAGUGGCAGAUGCAGCCUACCUGGUCUGAAGUGGUGCAUCGCAGCCGGAGAGCUCCUUCACCACCACGGCUCUCUCACUCUAACCACUUCUCGGCCCUGAGGGAUGUAGCUGCCACGGAUCCUGUCGCUGCUCCGGCUCCAUCUCUACUGGACCCAGACCCAGCAAAGGGGGCUCCCUCCUUCGCUGUGGUGGCUCAAUGGGUGACCAGCACAGACCAGGCUGCAUGGCCCGCCUCAACUGGGAUGCUGCGCAGCAGGCUGCUCAGCGAGGCCGUCUCCAGGUGCUCGGAAGGGCGUCCCUGGGCCUCCGACACCCUCACUCCACCUGCUCCAUCUGCGCCCGCCCACCGCCAUCAACAACUGCCGUCCUCAGCGCAGGUGGAGCGCUCAACAUCUGCAGGCUCCAGCGCUCGCACAUCUCCUCCUCCUCUCUUCCCCCCGACCACACUCAUCAUCGGAGAUUCCAUAACCAGGUACAUCAGAUUUUUCAAUUCCAUGACUCACUGUUUUCCUGGUGCCACCGUUCCUGUCAUCCUGGACAAACUUCUCCAUUUACUCCCCUCUCUCCCCUUCUCCAUCUCUAAGAUUGUGCUCCAUGUCGGCUCAAAUGACACUUCCCAUAGUCAGUCAUAA